AUGCGGUGGCGGGACCGGCUGGCUGUGCUCUUCUUUCCAGAAGGCAUGAUGCUCACUGUGGCCUCACUGAUGCUCUUCCUUGUACACCUGAGUGUCUUUGCCAGCGACGUGCACAACUUCUGUGUCACCCACCACUACGACCGCAUGAGCUUCCACUACACGGUUGUCCUGAUGUUCUCCCAGGUGAUCGGCAUCUGCUGGGCCGCCAUGGGGUCACUCUACGCUGAGAUGACAGAAAACAAGUUUCUUCGGUGCUUUUCCCUGACCAUCCUGAUGCUAAAUGGAGCCAUGUUCUUCAACCGCCUGUCUCUGGAGUUUCUGGCCAUCCAAUACCGGGAGGAGAGUCACUGAGGCCAGAGGACCGGGCCGAGAAGGGGGAAGGAAAAGGAGGCUUCGGUGUUUUAAUAAAGUCUG